UAAAACAAUUAUGAGUAAAUACGAUUUUGCUAGACGAUUAAAGCGCAUUGUGCAUGAGGAAUGUGAAAUUGUUAAAGUUGAAACGAAGAUAGCUCAUAAAAGUGCUAAUUACUUUCAACAAAUGUCUUCUUUAAAAACUAUACUGGCCAAACAAGAGCUAGAAAUAUCCAAUUAUAGAAAAGAAGUAAAUAAAUUAAAAUGUGAAAACGUGAAAUUAGAAAAUUGUAAACAAAAAGAGGAAGAGCGUCUGUGUGCAAUAAUACAAAAUGUGGAAAAAAUGCAGAACGAAUAUCAACGGACACUUCAAGAGCAAAUAGAACAAAGACGGACGGCGCUAUUGCAAAUGGAUUGCAUACGUAGCAUUAAACAGGCCACCCAAACUUACAUCAAUUUGGAUGCUUUGCCUCAGCUUAUACAGGGCGUGACCAUAUGUGAGCAAGAAACGUCCAGUGAGUGGAAACCGUUCCGUAUUGAUCCUUCAAAAUAUACACUAGAAGAAGUACAAGACAUAAUUUGGUGUGAUUCAAAAGUGGAUUUAAUUCACAGAGAAACGUGGGAAAAAUUAUUAUUGGGUGAUAUUUUACCUGAUACGAGUAAAAAUAUGGAAACUGGAAGUGAUAAUGUAACAAUGGUUAUAUAGAAGAUAAUAUUAGUAUGUAAAUAUAAUUAUUUUAUAUUAAAGUUAAUUAAUUAAAAGUAGAAAUAAACAAAUUAACCUCAUCAUUAA